AUGUAUUACUACUACCACCCGUACAUCGGGUAUCAAAGUUUCAACAACUAUUUCGGAUGGCAAAAUCAACAAAAUCAACAUGUUUUACACGAAUCAAUUCAAACUUGGAACUAUCUUCCAGACGUUCCGCAAUACUAUUCAACUGUACCACAAUUCCAAUCACAGCAAAUCGCUCCAAGGAGAAUGUCUGUAGAUGAGCAGAUUACACAAGGAAUGGAAGAAUUUUCGAAGCAGGUUCAAGAUUCCCAACAACCAGUGCAAAAUCAACAAUUAGAACCACAAGAACCACGACAAGAUUGGGAAACGUCACAGCAAUCAGUUUCUUCUGAAAUCUACAAUUUUUCCAUCACUGCCCAAGCCGAUUCUCAAUCUAAACAGAGACAGAAAAGAACAAAGUUCACUAAGACUCAAUUAUCUGUGUUGGAAGCAAGAUUCGAGGAAAAUAACUAUAUUUCUACAGAAGAGGGAAAUGAUCUAGCGGCAGAAUUGAAAUUGAAUCCUAUGAAUGUUAGGAAUUGGUUCAGGAACCGAAGAGUAUCACAAAAGACAAAGUUGGACAACAAUCGAAAAGGAAAGAAGAACGUCGUCCGGGAAUUGUUAGCAAGCAUCUAUUCGCAAUGA